GGUGGGAGCCGCUGCGGGCGCGGCACUGCACCCCGAGGGUGAACCCCGAACCCAGCCCCGGACACAGUCCCUGGAGGCCAGGAUCCAGCGGCUAUCCGCCCAAUCCUGCGGAGGACGCCUCAACUCUCAGGCGCCCGCUUGUCCACGCGCCACGAUGGUGUGCGGGGGCUUCUCGUGCUCCAAGAACUGCCUGUGCGCGCUCAACCUGCUAUACACCCUGGUCAGCCUGCUGCUUAUUGGGAUUGCUGCUUGGGGCAUCGGCUUUGGACUGAUCUCCAGUCUCCGCGUAGUGGGCGUGGUCAUCGCUGUGGGCAUCUUCCUGUUUCUGAUUGCGUUAGUAGGGCUGAUUGGAGCUGUAAAACACCAUCAGGUGUUGCUAUUUUUUUAUAUGAUUAUUCUCCUACUUGUAUUUAUUGUUCAGUUUUCAGUAUCUUGUGCCUGCUUAGCUCUGAAUCAGGAGCAACAGGGUCAGCUGCUGGAGGUCGGCUGGAACAAUACAGCAAGUGCCCGAAACGACAUCCAAAGGAACUUGAACUGCUGUGGUUUCCGAAGCUUUAACCCAAAUGACACCUGUCUGGCUAGCUGUGCUAAAAGUACCCAGAAGUGCUCACCAUGUGCUCCUAUAAUCGGGGAGUAUGCUGGAGAGGUUUUGAGAUUUGUUGGUGGCAUUGGCCUCUUCUUCAGUUUUACAGAGAUCCUGGGUGUUUGGCUGACCUACAGAUACCGAAACCAGAAAGACCCGCGUGCCAACCCAAGCGCUUUCCUCUGAGGAGAAAACAAGGAGAAGCUUUCCUGUGUUGAUCUUGUUCACUUUCUCAACUCUUAAGUUAAACUAAUUUGCUCACUUGACAAAGGAAACAAUAUCUGAAAACUACAUUAUCAACAGUGGAAUUUAAUAUUUUACUCUUACGUUUCUCUAAACGGUUUUUGUUUCCAUUGCUGAAAAAGCAAUUGAAAUUCAUGGUGUUCCCUGACCCUCAGUGGUCCCUGUAAUCUACUGUUCUCGGUGUCUGGCACUGUCCACUGUGGCCUUUCUUAGCAUUUUUACCUGCUGUAAACUGUAUGGCACCCCUGCGUAGAUGAUAUUGUAAAUCCAAAACUUCGUCUCACCAGGAUAAUUUAUAGAGUGCUGUGUUGCACAGGCGGCUCCCACUGAAGACAGCUGAUGUCAUUGAAGCCAGAAAGGAAGAGUCUGUUGUGUUCCCUUAUUAGGAGAAGUCUAAGGUCCCGAUACCUUUUGUCUUUUUAGGAAAGCUACACUGUAGUGAAAAGUGUUAACAUAGAAGUCAUCAUUAGUU